AUGACGACAGCAGCGUUCAACUACAUGGACCCGUCUUCAUAUGACCCCAAUGCAACAGAGGCAUUCAAAAAGCCCUGGAGCAAAGUCGACGGGCCCGGACAAUCCUACAAGCUCACCAGCUACCAGCGUUCCGUGGAGAAUAUCCGAGGCCGCGAGGCUGAAUUCUCCAUAGAUAACGCGGGGUUCGCCGUGUACAACCAACCAGCAAAAGAGGCUGCUUUCACAGACGAGACCGAAGUAAAGAAGGGAUACUAUAGCGAAGUAGAAGAUCUCCUUCGAAAGAAGCUUCCAGGAGUGAAAAAAGUCGUCAUUUUCGACCAUACCAUCAGACGCCGAACUCCAGGAUCAGCACGUGCCCCGGUCCAGCAGGUACACGUCGACCAAACUCCCCGCGCUGCAGAAGUGCGUGUGCGUCGUCAUGUACCAGAAAAUGAAGCGGAAGAGCUGUUGAAGGGUCGAUAUCAAAUUAUCAAUGUCUGGCGACCGAUCCAGCACCCUGCGUCUGAUUUCCCUCUGGCUGUUAUUGAUUGGCGGAGUACCGAUCCUUCUGACUAUGUGAAAGUUGACCUCUUAUAUCCGAAGGGAGAGGAAUCCAGAGAAGUGGCGCCUAAUCCUGAGUCAGCAUUUUCGACAGAUGGAUAUGAGGUCAAGGGAGAGACAUAUGGUGUGGCUCCGAAUGAUAACCAUCGAUUCUUCUAUGCCAAGGAUAUGACGCCUGAGGAGGUUAUGUUUAUUAAGUGCUUUGAUUCGCGGAGCCAAAUGAUGACUGGUGGGAAGACGGAUAUCGCUCAUGCUACGUGCCAUACUGCUUUCGUUGAUCCGCAGACCCCAGCGGGAGCCCCCGGGCGGCAGAGCAUUGAGGUUAGAUGCUUGGUCUUUUAUGAGUAA